UUUUAAAACAAUGUCUGACGCUGAAGGUGAAAGCCAAAAUAGUGAUGGUGGUUUGAUCGAUGAGCAACUCGAUGCUAUUGACAACGUUGGUGUGAUCAAGAGUGGUGAUUAUUUGAUCCAUAUCUUAAUUCAUGAAGCCAGAAAUCUUAAUGCACAGGGCGAUGAUACUGUGGAUCCGAUUGUUGAAGCUAACUGUCUGGGAAAGAAGAAAUAUACCACAUGUAAAGACGAUGUUGGAUGCAACUCAACCAUUCAGUGGUGAGAACAUCUUUUCUUCGAGCCAAAAGACCUCUCACCAGAGGACAUUCAAAAUGCGAAGGUAAAGAUCAGGGUCUUGGAUCAACAAAUGUUCAAAAACGCAGUAGUUGGUGUUUAUGAACUAGAUCUUGCCUAUAUCUAUUUCAAAGAAAAACAUGCAAUCUUUAACCAAUGGGUUGGCUUAUCGAAUCCGAGCGCUAAAUCUUUCAAUGAGCUUUCUGGAUAUCUUAAAAUCUCGGCUUCAGUCAUUGGCCCUGGGGAUGAGCAGGUAGCUCUUAAUGAUGGCCCUAACAUUGACAGGACUGACAAGGAGGUGAUGCUCCUUCCACCUCACAUCUCAAUGCAAUACUACCAACUGAAGUUUAGAUUAGUCAAAGCUGAGAAUUUACCAAAGAUGGAUUCUUUUGGAACUUGAGAUGCUUUUGUGAAAGUCAACUAUCUUGGAAAAUCAAUAAAGACAAGCGUAGUUACUCAGAAGAACGAUCAGGUGUACUGGGCUCAGGAGAUCUGGCUCCCAGUUCAGUUUCCCAUCGUAUCUAGCAGAGUUGUCAUGCAAGUUUAUGACUAUGAUACAGCUGCUGAUGACAUCGUCGGAGCUAUUAGUUUUGAUGUUGUAGAUAUCCUCAAGAAAGCAAGGAAAAAUGAAGGAUCUCCAUGGUUCUGGAAGGAUAUUUAUGGAGCUCCACAAGGAGUAUCUGGAGAGCACACCAGUGAGAUGAAUAGAGUGCCCGAGGUAGCUUCAAACUGGAAAGGGAGAAUCUUGAUGCAAGUCGCUGCCGAAAAGACAGAUAAACCUGAGAUGAGAAUCAAGCCUGUUCCCGAAGAAGUGAUGCAGGAUGCAGCCAACUCAGGAAUGUUCAACACCACACGCUACGAAAUCAAGGCAGAGGUCAGACAAGGCAUUUGACUUCCUCACAAAAAGUUCAAAGUCAAGAUUAAGAUUGGUGACUUUGAGUGCAAAACAAAAAGUCCGAAGAAGUACGGAAAUGGGUUUAGCUACUGGAACUACACGUUUGAUGAACAGAUAUGGGACUGUCCUUACCACACUCUUGAAGAUAUGGCAGACGUGUUUGUCUACUUAAUGGAUGGCGAUGAUCCUGUCUGAUUCUACAGAGGUAAAGCUUCUGAUUUCAACCAACCAAACGCAGAACUUAAAUGGGUUGCUCUCAUUAAUGAUCUUGCAGUUGGUAGUAUCACUGAUUCAUACAAAGCAGGAAUGAUUUCUUUCAGGCUUUCUAUCCAUAAUCAAGAUGAAUUCGGAGAUGUUGAUUGGAACUAUGUUCCCGCAUGGUCUUAUGAUCUCAGUGAUGAACCCGAUAAAUAUCCUAUAAGAGCUAAUAUUUAUCAAUGUAAAGAACUACCACCAGCUGAUGAUAAUGGCACUUCUGAUCCUUAUGUCACAAUCUGGAGUCCAUUUAAGGCCAAUGACACUGAAAAGAAAAUGAUAAGGACUAGGGUUGUAAAUGACAACAAUAAUCCUAUCUUUUACAAUACUGUAGAGAGCUUCUUCUACUCAGUUGACUACGAUUGGUCUCCCCCAGUUGUUUUAGAAAUUUAUGAUAAAGAUUCAGGAACCUUCAGCUCUGAUGACUUUAUUGGUAGAUCAGUAAUCUUCUUAGAUGAAAGUGAAGAUUGUAUCGCAAGGGGUGAUGAAAGACCAACUCCAAAAUGGUUCCCAGUAAAGCUUGGCUUCAGAAAAGAUGAACCAGUGAUGGGGCAGAUUUUGGUUUCAUUUAAUAUCCUUGAUCCAGGAGAGCGUUUUAGUCAAUCUCUCUAUAGCAUAAAACUUGCUCCACCAACUGAUGAUUAUGAAAUCACCAUCAAUGUGCUUGGUAUGAGGAACUUAGAAUCCCCUGGAAUUCUGCCAGUCAGAAAGGCAUUCAUCAACUUCAUGCUCAGAUCCCUAUUACCUCCUCAUAAAGCUCAGGCUGUUGAGAACAUCUCGACUCAGCCAAGUGCUACAGGCUCUAACCCAACAAUUUCCACAGUAGUGAAAUUUAAACUCUCCCUGCCCAACGAAGCCUUAUACUGUCCAUCUCUCACAUGCGGUGUCUAUGACUAUAUCUUCAAAGGAAUCUCCCAGCCCACUAUCGGCAACUUCGUGAUCCCAAUCGGUGACUUACAGCACUUACAAGACGACAACUUCAUUAAAGCCGAUGAGAAGACAAAAGAUAUUAUAAAAUCAAUCCACUCCAAAAUAAACAGUGCUGAAGAAGAAAAGAAAGAACUCGAACGCAAACGCCUUGAAGCCCAACGUGAACGUGAACAGGAAGAAGACAUGAAGAAAGGCAUUAAGGAUAAGCAAGAACAGAAGUUGAGACAAGAACUAGCUGCGAAGGGUAAUAUGAACCUUUUCCAAAAAGCCAUGAUUCUGAAGAACAAGUCCUCGGGGUAUAAGGCACUAGGUGAUAAUGAAGACAAUGCUGAUAUUGAAAUGGGAGUUAUUGAUACACAUGAGAUGGAUGGAAGUCAUGAGAUGGAGGAAAGCAAGGAAGAACGGAAGGAGAAUGCUCUCUUUCCUAUACAACAUGAGGAAGAUGAAGAGGACAAAGAUGAUCAAAGCAAUAAGGCAGAUGAAAAGAAUGAAGCUAAGGAGUUGAUUAAUUCGAAGAAUGAAAGAAAGACUAUUCUCAAAGAGAAGAGGACCAUCAGAUUGAAGAAGAUGUUCAGACAGAUGAAGCUGGUUGGUAAAAACGUUGUCUAUCCGACCUAUCAGUAUGAUGACAGACUUCAGAUCCAUAGGGAGAGUAUUCCUCCUCCAAAAGAAGUCUUCAUGCCUGUUGGAUAUGAUCCGAAGCAUGAUUCUAAGCAAAAACAUUAUAGAAGAUUUUAUGAGGAUGAGCUUGAAAAUAUUAAAGAAGUAAUGCCAAAGAGUCCAUUCCAGACUUAUGAUAUCAUAAGAGGCCAAUCGAGAGGAAUCUCAAGUGGCUGGUUCUCCAAGAAUGCAGUGGAUGAGGCUGGAGAAGCUUCUACAGUUAAGACAGUAGGAAAAUUCAAGGGAAUUGUUUCAGUUAUCAACCACCAAAGGGCUGAAUCUUUUAAACAAGUAAGAAAGACAAGGAUUAUGAUCCUCAAAGAAUCUCUGAACAGUCUCUCAAGGGCACUAUUUAAUGAAGAUUUUGAGUUUAACUAUGAUGAUCUCAACACAGCAGAAGGCAAGGAGUUGUUCACUGCUAAAUUACACCAAAUUGGAUGUGAUGAACUACAGAUUGAGAAACAUUUCACUGAGAUGAACUAUCAGGAAGAACUAGCGAGACUGAUGAUGGUCAGGACUCCAUGUAUCGUGAGAGUAUACAUUCUUGAUGCUGAUGAGCUUCCUCCAAAAGACAUAGGAGGAUCAGUUGAUCCUUACCUUGUGUUGAAGCUGAAUGGAAAAGUACUAAAUGAGAGAAGCAAUUAUAUUUCAAAUUGCCAUAAUCCUGAAUUCAAUAAGAUGUUUGAGUUCCAUUCUGAAUUCCCUGGAUCAGGCUUGCUCAAGAUUCAACUUUGGGAUUACGAUAGAAUCUUCGGAGACGAUUUCAUUGGAGAAACAUUAGUUGACUUAGAAGAUAGAUUCUUUUCCCCAGAAUGGCAGAGUAUUAAAAAUAAGCCAGUCGAGUUCAGACAGCUUUAUCAUAAAUCUACCAAGGUCUCUCAAGGAGUUGUGAAAUGCUGGAUUGAGAUUAUCCCAGCUGAAGCCCAGAUGAAUUCUAUUCCAUGGAAUAUUACUCCUCGUCCUGCAUCAGAUUUUGAGGUCAGAGUGGUAGUCUGGGAGACAAGUGGAAUUGAGACAAUGGAUUGGGAAGGUACAAGUGAUAUCUACUGUAGAGCUUACUUUGAUUCUGUUGAUAAAAACAAGAGAACAGAUAUUCACUAUAGAUGUAUGACUGGAAAAGGAUCUUUCAAUUACAGACUAAAGUUCAAUAUCUCUCAUCCAAGUAAGGACCAUAUUCUCAACCUUCAAGUCUGGGAUGCAGAUGCUUUCUCAAAGAAUGAUUUUAUUGGAGACACUCAAUUGAAUUUGAUUUUACCUAUUGAAGAUGCAGCUUUAACCAACAAACCUAUUAGUUUGAACAAGAGAUAUUAUGAGUCUUUCCUUAGAGACUAUAUGAAUGGUGACCCUCUACUUUUUGAUGACGACGAAUCCUUCUGGAUUGACCUCAAAGAUAAAAGAGGACAACAAAAUGGAAAGCUCAAAGUAAAAAUUGACAUUGUCCCCAAAGAGCAUGCUGAGUCAUUCAUAGUAGGAGAUGGUAGAUCUGAGCCAAAUCACUCACCAUACCUCCCUCCCCCGGUGGGAAGAAUAGUCUGGAGUCUGAACCCAUGGACAAUGCUCAACCAGUGCGUUGCACCAGGGGCAAGAAACAAAGUUAUUUGCGCCAUCUGCUGUAUUCUAUGCCUAGUGAUAUUUUUCUUGUUAUUGCCGAACAUCAUGGGAGAGGUCAUUGCUGGAAUAAUAGUCUAAUCGCUACAGAAAAUAUUUGGUCAUCUUCAAUA